AUGAACGUAUAAGAGUUAUUGUCAACUUUGAGCAUUGGCCAAGAGCAUAAAACUAAGAUCGAUGACAUUUAAAAAUAUAUAAUUGAGAACAGAAUUCAAGAGUUAUUCAAUGAAAUCUUGACAAAUAUUUUGCAUCACAGACCACAAAAUGCAAAGCAAUUCAUUAUAUAAUGCCUGUAAAACGUAAAAGUUGUCAGACCAGAUGACCCACAUAGUAACUAAAUCUAUGAGAUGAAGGAACCUUUCUUGCUGACUGAAGAUUUUGAGGCUAUUUUCGAAUCUUAUGAUGUCCUUGGUAUUUAAACUGUCCCAAUUGCUUAUCUCAUUCAAGGUAUCAACAUUCUCAUUUGA